CUGCACUCAAAAGGGAGGAGUUGGCGAGAAAAAAACGGACUUUAAUGAUAGUCCUUUCAGAAUGACACGUAUGAAAGUUUUGAAAAAGCCAAUUCAUAGCCAUUAGUCGGACUUACUUUUUCCGUAAGGGCUAAGUAGCCUAUAAUUACAGCUAGCUGUAAGAGAAAAGUAUGUAAGAAAGCAACUGGUGCGUCCAUUAAAGGGACAGCAACGCGAGCAGAAAAAAAUAAACAGACGGAUCAUUGUGGCUUUCCUAAACAUUUACGUCUCUGAAGAAUCGGAUGGCACAUAGUCUAUACUGUCUACUCAAGAAGAGGAGGAAAAAAGAUGGGGAAAGGGAUUUGUUCGAGACGACAGAGAAGAAUAUUUCAGUCUUUCCUCCUUGUCAUCUUCGUCUGCGGGACGUUGUGCGCCUUCAUGAUCUCAUAUGAGAUGCAUAAAGAGCUGAAAAAGACUGAGGCGACCGCUUUGAAGUACCAGCAGCAUCAAGAGUCUCUUUCUGCGCAGCUGCAAGUUGUAUACGAACACCAUUCUAAACUAGAGAAAUCCCUCCAGAAAGAAAGACUAGAGCACAAGAAGGCUGAAGAGGAUUUCCUCGUGUUUAAGCGGGAGUCACAGAAGGCCCUCAACAAAGAGAAGCAAGAUUCAACCUAUCGACUGAAUUCUCUGCAGACAGAGCACCAAAUACUGCAGUCCCAACAUGAAGAUUUGAAGAUGCAGUACUAUGAGCUUCAAGAGAAGCAUCAGAAUCAAGGGCAGGAUCAUGAGCGUGUUCUGGAUGAACACAGGCUGAAAAUAGACAACCUGCAGAGGGAAAAGGAGGUUGAAAUAUCCAGACUUAAAGAGAACGUGUACAACCUUCGAGAGGAGAACCGACAGCUGCGGAAAGCUCAUCAGGAUAUCUACGCGCAGUUACUUGACGUGCAGGUGGAAGGAUAUGAGGGAAAUGGAAAAGGCUUUUCCCCUCGAGGUGUGUUGGAGAUUGAAAAUAACAAUGUGACCAAAGUGGCAAUGAAGCAGCCUCGGCAAAUUGAUAUUUUUGCUGAGGGAAACGGCAAGAAAGAGGAGAGAAGCACAUCAAAGGAUAGAGGAGGAGAGGAUAAGGGGGAAAAGGCAGAGCUGGAACAUUCCUUAUCAAACCCAGAAGAGCUGGGCAUUAACCCUCGCAACACGUUAAGCCAAAGCCUGGAGAAACAGACACAGACGGAGCCACUUCACACAACCAAAGCGCACUUUGAGGCUUUGGAACCAGUUCUUGCUGGCAAUGCUGUGCAAACACUCCUUGGUAUGGCAGGACAAGAUGCAGCAAAACAUGUGGAGGAUGCUCAAAAACAGGGCAUAGGGAAAAACUUGAACACAGAGAUUGAGGCCAACAACCAGAACGAAGAAGAGGAUGAAGAAGAAACCGAGUACAAGACUAAUGCGGACAAGAUCAGACCUGAAGAGGAUGAACAGCUUGUGGUGGCAGGCAAUCCAGAGCCGGAUGAGCAAUAUGUGGACGAUGUGGAGGAAGAGACUCUUGAUGAAUCCGUUCUUAACAGACAGAAGAGAGCGGAGGAAGACGAGAGCGAAGAAGAUCUCUACACUGAACGUGAUGGAGUACAGGAUCAUGCAAACCCAGAAUCAGAAACGUUUGCCAAUCAGGAGUACUUUAAAGAAAAACUAAUAAAAAGAGGAUGAAAGAGGAAAAAAGAAAUCAAAAGACUGAGAUGUCCUGUCUUCUGAGUGGCUUUACACAUCUCUUCUUGACUGGCGGAAACUUAAAGUACAACUGCAACAACUCUAAAGAACUGACUACUUGUGCUUAUGCAAGACUUAUGCAAGGAUUUGUUCAGCAUUUAUUUUUAAUCAAGGCUUUGUGUCUUCUUGAUCUUACUAAGGCGAUAGGAACUGGCAUCCUGCUGAUAUGCAUUCAAUAUGUCGAUGAAUAUUUGAAUGAUUUCUUUUGGGCAGAAAAGUAAUUAUUAUUUAUUUUUUGUUUUAAAUAUUCAUUCAGUUCUUCACUUGUAAGAAACAAGUAAAAUGUGUUUAAAAUAAUUUUCACUUAUAUUUUCACUUUAUUAAAAGUAGUAAUGCAUUAUUGGAACAACAAAGAAGAGGAACAAAUGAAAAUGUAUUGCAAAGCUUUUUGUGUUUUUAUACUUUUUAACUUGUAGUACUUUUCCUGUGGUGAGUUAUACUUUAUUGUGAAAACUUGCACAUUGGGACUAAACUUGCAAGAAACUCAAGUAUUUUUGGAACUGUAGUUUUCAUGUACACUGAAUUACAUUCAAACAGUUGCUUUUUACGUAUUUACAUGAAGCCAAACGAAUAUUUUUGUUCAUUUUUUUUUAGAUAUUGUUGAAAAGAAUAAUAUCAAAAUGGUGCUUUAGUUAACCCCCUUUUCUCCCAACUCUUCGCGUUCUCAUUUAUAUGAAUGUGAUCUGUAUUUGUUCAUGCAAAUGAGAUGCUGUGUUUAUUGUUUUUCUAAUAAAGAUUUUACAAUACUACUGC